GAGACCCCCCCAAGUUCUGCAUGGAUGGGAAUGGGGAGAGCUGCCCACAGUAGGAGCCCAGGGCAGCUGGAAAACUCCGGCCUCUUCCUCCGAGCUUUCCUGCUCCUCUUCCUCCUCAGGCAUGUCUCUUCCCAGUGCAAGAUCCUCCGCUGCAACUCGGAGUACGUGGCGGCCACGCUCCACCUGCGCGGCCCCGAGCGCGGCGCCGCCUUCUGCACCGCGCUGCGCUCCUACUCGCUGUGCACCCGCCGCACCGCGCGCACCUGCCGCGGCGACCUGGCCUUCCACUCGGCCGUGCACGGCAUCGAGGACCUCAUGAUCCAGAACAACUGCUCCAAGGAAGGCCCCACGGCCCCACCGCGGCCCCGGCCCGCGGCGCCCAACGCCGCGCGCGGCUUCGAGUCGCUCGAUAUCUGCGACUACGAGAGGAGUUUCCUCUACAAGCACGGCCGGCCCCCCGGUUUCCAGCACUGCGCUGCUUUUGGGGACCCCCACAUCCGAACCUUUCAUGAUGAUUUCCACACGUGCCGCGUGGAGGGCUCCUGGCCGCUCUUGGACAAUGAUUAUCUGUUUGUGCAAGCCACCAGCUCGCCGGUGGCCAAGGGGUCCAACGCGACGGUCACCAGCAAGCUCACCAUCAUCUUCAAGAACAUGAAGGAAUGCAUCGACCAGAAGGUCUACCAGGCCGAGCUGGACAACGUCCCCGCAGCCUUCCAGGACGGCUCCGUCGACGGCGGCGCGCGUCCCGGCGGGAGCAGCCUGUCCAUCCGCGAGCUCAGCCCCGGCCGGCACGUGGAGAUCCGCGCCGGCUACAUCGGCACCACCAUCGCCGUGCGCCAGGCCGGCCGCCAGCUCUCCUUCUCCAUCCGCGCCCCCGAGGAGGUGGCCAGGGCCUUCACGGAGGAGCAGGACCUGCAGCUCUGCGUGGGCGGCUGCCCCCACAGCCAGCGCAUGUCCCGCAGCCCCCGCGGGCGCGGCCGCGUCCCCGCCGAGACGGCGCGGGCACUGUGCCGGGAGAUGCUGCCCGUGGAGGACGUCUACUUCCAGUCGUGCGUCUUCGACGUGGUUACCUCUGGGGAUGCCAACUUCACCAUGGCGGCGCACGGGGCGCUGGAGGAUGCCCGGCUCUUCCUGCCCGAUUCUGAGAAGCUCCACAUCUUCCAGGCCGGGGGAGGCUGCCAGCUCAGCUCUCCAUCGUUUCUGCUCCACCUCCUCCUCCUCCUCCCGUGUGGAUUUUGGGCUGGUUUGUUGCACUUUUAAGCCCUGCUUGCUCUGUAGGGAACUUGUGAGAGCUGCUGGCUCCACCUUGAAGGUUCCUCACCUCAGAGACCCAAGAGAGGGAAGGGGUGAACCCCUGGUUUGCACCCCUGGUCUCACAUGGAUGGUGCAGCUGGUCCCAGCUCCUCUCCUGAAGCAGUUCCAAAUUUUUCUGCUCCAUUCUGACACGUUCCUUCCCCUGCCCUGAAGGCAGUUCCAGUUUUCUUCCGUUCCAUUCUGACACGUUCCUUUUCCCCUGAGGAUGUGGCGUUGUGGUGCAUCAAAGAAAAAUAAAUCCCCAGGGUUAGAAACCUCUCUCAGCCUUUCCAUAAAUCACUUCCCACCUUUCUCCCUGUGUUAAUCCCGCAGAAUUCCACUCAGGAACCUCACAGAUCCAGAAAUAACGAACUCAAAGCCCAAAGCCCAAUUUUUAGCAGUAAAAAAAAAUUUUAAUGGAUUUGGGACCUUUCACUCAGCUGCUCCCAAAGCACAGCAAGGCCACAAAUAAUUUUGGGGAGCGUUGUGACCAAGAGGGAGACUUUUGAGUGGAAAUCAGCCGGUUUUGUCCACAUCUUCUCUUCCAGGAUAAAUAACAAGCGAAUCUCCAGCAGUGGGAGCUGUGGAGCUUGAGAUCUCCCAUAUCCCAGGCCGCUGUUGCUAUUUUUCCUUGUUUUCUUGGCACCUGUUGCGGACUCAAUUUAGCCGGGAUCUGGGCUUGAGGAUCGGUGUCAGGUUUUAGGGAGGACAAAAUUCCCAUGGGAAUUCUCUCCCUUGGGCCCAGGUUUCUCUGUUGCUGCUCAAGUCCAACCCAAACUGGAGCUUUUGCUUGGAAAAACAGAAUUCCUGACGGCAGAGCCAGCUGGGCACACAGAGGGGCAGGGUAUUGCCCCGUGGAAGGUGCAGGACUGCAGAGGGGAGGGCAAAUUUCCCAUAUUUCAGAGGAUUUCAGUAAAGCAGAUGGAGCUCUACAGGAGAAAUCAUUUCCUUAGCGAAGACUUUCUUUAUUUUUAAUAAAGUGUUAAAAACUUGGCCAUCCCUGUCGCACAGAAUUGCAGGAAGGGCUUGUGGACGUGGGGGCAAAGGGAAUUUCCGCCCCUCCAGGCACUGAGGCUCCAUCAAGGGAGGUUCUACAACUCAAGUUUCAAUACAUCCACGGGAUUUUCUCUUUACUCUUUUGUGCCCAGAGCACAAAGAACGCACAGGAAAUAAUUUCAUGGAUACCACGGUGAGUUCCCCCUCGGAUGGGUGCUCAGAGCACACAGUGAGGAGCAGGAGAUCUGCUCCAUGUUUUUUAUUUUUUAUUCUGUUCCUGGUAAUCCCUGAUGGGUUUGACAUUAAAGGGUUUAUUUUUGAGUCCCCA